UCUCUCCCUCCCUCCCUCUCCCUCUCUCCCUCUCUCUGUGUGAAAGCUGACAUAGUUGGAUCCUGACUCAUUUCCUCACGGAGCGCUGCCGGGUGGUUGGCUGGACUUACUUUGGCGAAGGAUCGCGUCCCGAGUUGUCGCCGGUUCAGAGCCCUCUCCGGGACGGUGGGGCUUUUUGUUUUGUUUUGUUUUGUUUUGCCUGAGCCUUGGAGGGAGUUGUUGUGGGUGACAGAGAGUGUCUGUACCAGCCCAGCGGCCACACCAUGUACUUGGCUGUGUUGGUGUCUGUGUUCCUGGUUCCAGUUCGAGGGCUGCCCCAACAUGGGAAGCAUGACCAGGCUGAAGAGCAGAACCUCGGAAACCAGGCCCGGAGUGCUCUGACUCAGAACAACUGGACUGCCCAAGAUAUUGAUUACUCGAAAAAGGACUAUUACCCGGUGAGAGCUGAUCUGUUCUGCCUCAAGUGUCCUGCAGGAACCUAUGUGGCUGACAGCUGUAUGACGCCCUUUACCAGGGGCAAGUGCCUACCUUGUACUGAGGGAGAGGACUAUACUGAAUAUCCCAAUGGCCUAGGCAGUUGCCUGCCCUGCCAUUCUUGCAGAGAAGAUCAGGAGGUCGUGUCUCCCUGCUCUGCACAGAGCAACACGGUGUGCCAGUGCAACACAGGAACAUUCUGCUCUCAAGAGCAGUCCUGUGAGAUAUGCAGGAAGUGUAGAACCAGCUGCCCGGAAGGUCAGACUGUGAAAACUGCGUGUACUCCGACAUCAGACAUUGUAUGUGAAGAGAAAAUAUCCCCUGCAAGAAGUCUUUCAGCAGGUGAAAUUGUUGCAAUUGUAUCCAUUAUUCCCGUGGUUAUUGGGUGUGUUCUGCUUGCUUGGUACUCGAAGAAACUUGAGUGCUGCAAGGUGACAGGUAACUCCCAGGCAAAUGGAUGCAGGAAUCAGUGGCCAGCCCUGGCUGUCCUCAGCAUGUUGCAGUCCAAGUUUGGCAAUGGUGUUCACCAAGAAGCAGAACAAAGAGCCGACUGUGACAGGACACUGAAUGAGGUGGUCACAGACUCAAACCAUGACAGUGCGACCACAGGUCAUGAGAACGAGCACGGCAGCAGAACGAGAGAUCCUAGCUCCAGAUCAACAGGAACCAGUUCAGUGGAUAUGAGGAGCACAGCUACCACUGGUGAGAAAGUGGCCGAUGAUCUGAGCCAAGAUCAGGAUGAGAGGAUGAGUUUAUUACCAGGGAGCUCAACUCGUUUUGUGCAAAGCUCCCCUGGGACGACCUCUGGCUCCAUGAGUGACUCUUUGCUGGGGAAGCCUCAGCUCAAACCACAGAUGGGAAUUUUCAGUCCACCUCACGCUCGAGCUGAGGCCAGUUGUCCAGGAAAUGCUUCGUUGUCGCAUCCAUUCAGCACUCAGCCUGAGGAGCAGUCUCCUGUUCAGUGCAAGGAAAGUCCUCAUCCUUUUCAGCUUGCUGAGGAAUUGUCUCAAAGCAAAGAUUUGUCACAGUAUUUCCCGUACUUUCUGGAUUACGUCCCUAUCAGAAGAUUCAAGGAGUUUAUGCGGAAACUUCAGCUGACUGAAAAUGAGAUUGACGAGGCUGAACGCAACAACGCAAAUAACAUUAGGGAAGGACAUUAUCAGAUGCUUCGUAUUUGGUCUCAGAAACAGGGUAAAAAAGCCUCGAUUACAUUUCUACUGCAGACUCUAUGUGACAUGGAACUGGUAAAGGCAGCGAAUGAUAUAUAUCAAUGUAUAGUCAGUCAUGGAACCAAAGUGCACUGAAUUUCAGGAAUGAUUUUGCAGAAACGUUUGAUGAGAAAUGCAAGCAUUUAGCACGAGAUCUGUUGGAGCCAGCACGGACUGGCAAUGCACUGCACCUUGGCCUUGGAACAUUGGAAAGAAUUCCAUACUCAGCGACGACAGACUGUGCUGAAGCAAAAGGACAACACAACAUUCUCAAUUUUCGUGUUAGCAUCUACAGCCCUGAUAUUCUUCAGCAAAGAAGUUUAAUGCACUCGUCUCAAGCUAGUUCGGUCAAAUAAAUAUUUGUAUUUUUUAAGCUAUUUUAAUAAAGUUAUUUUUAAAGACUAGAAAACCUUAAUAACAUUUGACUCCACAUGACAGGAUGGAAAUUUGAAUCAAUGAAAAAUGGAGCAUUGAACCUGUUAUUAUUGACUAAGUACAAUCAAGGCUGAGACAGAUUAAUGAUCAGAAAGUAAAUAGAGGAUGAUGGCUGUUGGAGUUUGUGUUUUUAAGUGAUACAAAAAUGGCCAGACUUUUUAAAAAAAAAGCUUUCUUCAGCAUAACUGAAAGAUAACGGUGCCCUUGAGAAAGUGAGUUUUUAAGGCACAAGGGAGCAUUGUCUAAACAACAAGUUACAAGAAACAUUCAAGGAUAAAGAUUUCGAAGAUUUGUAACAAUGUAGAAAUAAUGAAAUUGUAACUCAAAGAUAGAAAGUUCCCAAGGCCUAGAGGUUACAAUAACUGUUAAACAGCAUGAAAAGAAAACUAACAACCAUAGGAGUGUCCAUCAUUGAUCAGGUGUUUACAAGAUUGGCCCCAUGGAAUAGAAGGAGGUGGUAUAUUAAUUAUGUUGUGUAUGAUCAUUGUAACACAAAACGUAUAAAAAUACUGCUUUUUACUAUAAAA